AUGAUGGCAGACACUCCGCCUGAGACGCCGACAAUCGUGCCGGCUACAGCUUUAGGCGGGGUGUCCACCAAAAUGGGCUUUCUGGGAGCAACCUCUUACGUAAUUGGCAAUAUCAUCGGAUCAGGAAUCUUCAUCACUCCAGCCUCGAUUCUCAGGAGUACCGAGUCGCCGGGUCUCUCGCUAAUUGUUUGGUUUCUGUGCGCCAUCAUCGCCAUCCUCGGUAUGACGAUGUAAGGUAUUGACACGACUGCAAUUUUUUCAGGCUCCCUUUGCUACAUCGAAUUGGGUACGAGUAUCAGGGACCCGGGAUGUGACUUUGCUUAUAUUUGUUAUGUUAAAUGGUAUCCCGUAGCGUUUGCUUUUAUGUGGGUUAGCGUACUUAUGACAUAUCCAGCUACAAUAGCCAUAAUAUCAGAGACGUUUGGGCAGUACUUGUUGGAAGGAUUAUCUCAGACUUACGACAUCCCCAAAGACAUGCAGCCAACGCUUCAGAAAGUGUUCGGCAUCUCCUUACUUUGUAAGUCUUAUUCAUUUAGGUUUAAUUUUGUAACCGUAUUCAGGGUUGGUAACCUGGAUGAACUUCUUUGAACUUAGUAAAUUUGCUGCUCGGUUUCAAAUCGCAGCUACCACAGCAAAACUUUUGUCAUGUUUUCUGAUCAUCGUCACCGGCUUCUAUUAUUUUUUCAUUAAAGGUGCGUUUGUUAAGCCAAUUUCUUACCCUAUGCAAACGCUUUAGGGUAUAAUGAAGGUUUGACUGAACCAAUGAAAAAUAGUAAUUAUGAGAUUGGAAACGUAUUAAUGAGCCUUUACGGAGGUCUUUAUACCUUCUCUGGAUGGGAUAUAUUGAACUUUGGAGCUGGAGAAAUCCAUCGGCCUCGGAGGUAAGAUUAAUCUAUUAUCUUUCGAAAUAUAUUGCUUUAAAGAAACAUGCCGCUGGCAUUACUUUCUGGUAUUGGUACGGUAACUGUCAUCUACCUUUCCAUUAACGUUGCUUACUUCGCUGUACUCGACGUGGAAACAAUGAAAUCUUCAAAUGCAGUGGCAGCUGUAUGUUAUAGGUUCUCGAUUUUAACCGUUCUUACAGAUGUUUAGUCAACGAACCCUCGGAGGGUUUUCUUCGGCGAUCCCAUUUUUGAUCGGGGUAUUAUUAAUUGGGUCGUUAAAUUCAAAUCUUUUUUCCGGAAGUCGGUAAGUGAGAGUUUUUUGAUCCAAAUCAUUUCAAGGUAUAUGUUUGCCGCAGCCAAGCAAGGCCAUUUGCCUGCGUGCUUUAGUAUUGUAAACGAGUCAACCCAAAGUCCUAGAGUUGCCAUUGCGGCCCAGGUAAGAAAUUGCUAAGAAUUUUCUGAAAAAGAAUACAGUCGGUGUUAGCAGUUGCCAUAUCUUUUGUUGGAGACCUUGAUGCCUUGAUUGGGUACGUUAUGUUUGGAUUCUGGGCUCAGCGCAUCUUCAGCCUCGUGGCGUUGCUGAUGAUUAGACACAACAAUAUGCCAGUGCACCCGGAAGCCAUACGCAUGCCUUAUUGGGUGUAAGUUAACUUAAUCAAAUGCACAGACAUCCUAUUUUUCAGAAUUAUAUUGUUCCUUUGUAUCACAGUAGGACUGGUAGUAAUCCCAAUAUACCAUGAAUUCAAAGUUACAUCUCUCGGAUUGGGAAUCUGUGCAAUGGGUCUAGGCUUCUAUUAUGUGCUGGUCUAUCCAACAAGACUUCCAAGAAGCCUAAUGGUCAUAAAUGGUAAGUGGAGACAAAAGCAUCCUCAUGUAUUAGAUUUUUUCACCGUAAUAUCGACUGGGAUCUUCAACGGUCUUCCUGAGCAGAAAUCAAUGCCACCGGUGAACCUUAUCAGCUCUGAUUCACAACAAAGAUUGUUGCCCAGCCGACGAGAAUCGUUCAGUUUAUUGUCAAAUGACUGUGUUACUGAUUUACACUCUGACGAGAAAAAUACUCUGAUUCGUAACGGGUCAAGCAAAGGAUUAAGCCGAAUGUGGUGA